AUGCCUCCGAAACCUAAAGCUUUGAGCACCUCCGCGGCAGCACAUGCGCGGCCUAGUGCUGCGACUACUUCCUCGCCCUCGAGUGAUCCAGCCCCGAAGCAGCUAACCUCCUCACCUCCGGCUCUGGAUUCAGUUUCCGAAGACUUCAAGACUGAGCUGCUCACUAGCCUUCGUGAGGAGGUGGUAAACGUGUUUAGAGCAGAGUUGGCAAUGGCUAUGUCAGAUAAUCUGUCCAAAAUAAAAGCGGAGCUACGAGAUGUGAAAGCUGAGCUAAAUGUUAGCAUAGCGGCCGUGAGCACGGAGGUUGGCGAGCUGAAGAAGACUGUGCGGGAUAUGGAGGGUUCACUAUCAACCUGUACGGAUGAUGUUGUUUCACUCCAAUCUAAAGUUGAGAGACUUGUCAACCAGGUUACUGCAUUGGAAAACAAAUGUGACGACCUGGAGUCAAGGAGCCGCCGCCAGAAUAUAAGGAUUGUGGGUUACUCGGAGCAAAAUGGUGCUAUCAAUGCUAACACGGUGUCGAUUAUGCUAAAAGAGGCUUUUGGUCUGGAUAAACCACCUCUGAUUGACCGCGCGCACAGAUCUCCUCCUCAGCCUUUACCAGGUGGUCGGCCCCGUCCUAUAAUCGCACGGUUGCACUACUACGCGGACUGUGUUGACAUCCUGAGGCGUGCCCGUGCUCAACAGCGGAUCAAGAUGGGGGAAGAGGUGAUCUCCGUAUUCCCGGACUACACUUCCCGCACAUCCAGAGCCAGAGCUGCCUUCAACGACGUACGACGCCAGCUUAAGGUCAUACCAGAUAUACGGUUUGGCAUAGUACACCCUGCUCGUCUCCGGAUUACAAGUAAUGGGAUCACGAGAGAAUUUACAUCUCCAGGGGAGGCCAAUGUCUUUGUUAAAACUCUCUUGUGA